AUGACAAACACACACCAUAUUGAAUCUCUCCCCUGUACUAGGGGCUCCUCCUCUUCCCUCUCGACGCUCUCCACGUACAUCCCUUCCGACGCCUCCCCGCUCUUGGACGUUGCCGUGGGGAGAAUGGGGCUCGUUCUCGCGACUCAGAGUGAAGCAUUGAUUUCCUUGGAGAGAUUAUAUUCACAAUUUCCCACCUUGUCAAGGGGGGGAAACGAGGUUGAUGGGACUUCUGAUCAGUGGGCAGUUGCACAGCUACGGACAUCGCUCCGUAUACUCAACAAUGCCCUUGCAGUUGGUGGGAAAAUAGUGCUUGCCGGUAUGGGGAAGUCGCACAAAAUAGCUGCCAAGAGUGUGGCAACGUUAAAUUCCCUAAGGGUCCAUGCGGCACUUUUACAUGCCGGAGAAGCCCUUCAUGGAGACCUGGGUAUUAUUAGAGAAGAUCAUGGGGAUGCUCUCGUUGUUGUUUCUGCAUCUGGGAACUCACCAGAAAUUGACCAACUUCUUAAUCAUGUUCCAACUAAUGUCCCUGUCAUUCUGGUAACUUGCACCCGCCAUUCACCACUGGAAUCCGAAGGACGGGUGGUGUCCAUCAUUUUGGCCGAAGUUCCUCCUCAAUGUAAGGAGACAAACAUAUACGGAUUGAGUGCUCCAACAGUGACAACGACCCUCUGUUUGGCCAUUUUAGAUGCAGUGGCAAUUGCAUUGGCUGAAUUGCAUAUUAGCGAUUAUCAAGUACGUAAGGAACUAUUUGCAAUUAAUCACCCAGGCGGUGCAAUUGGAAUUAACCAUCAACGAGAGAAACUCGGUUCCUUUAACAAUACAAACAAUACAAGUCUAUUGUCGGUGAAUACUGUAGCUACCUCCAUGACCUCAUUGUACUCUAAUGGCUCAAUUGCUAAGACACAAACCAUCACUUUAGAAAAGCUCCCCGAUUUAGAGCUCGAUAUUUUACGUUUAUUGACCUUGAACGACUACAUUGUCUUGUCGGAAAAUUCCAUAUUAUUGACUGUAGAAAGGCUAGGUCCCUCUACAGAGAUUGUACUAUCAAUGACUAUCCAUGGCCUAAGACCCGUAACACAAUUCUCGAGUCUGCCUUGCCUCAUACCUCCCCUUGACUACAAUUGGUCACCUUUCCUCCUCCUCCUCCUCCUCCUCCUCUUUUCUCACUAUAACUCUUUAACGGCUUGCAUUGCCUCCCUUUAUUUACAGUUACACCUUCUCUUUAUAUAA